AUGCACCGCGAAUCAAUGUUGUAUGAUUGACCUAUUGUGUUUUCGUGAAAAAAGUCUUCAAUUUGGAUGAUGAAAGCAAAAAACGCAUCUCUUAAUGAUUGCUUGCGAGUGGAAGAAAGGAAAGUGAACUAAGCCCAUUCUACUUACUAUGACUACCUCGGAACUGGAGAACCGAAACAUCGCUAUUUCCAUGAGAAAAUCAGUGGAAAAUCUAGUGAUAUCGUCCCAGGAUGCCAUUGGGCAGAGCAUUAGCCAAGCCCUCAACUUCUCUGGAGUAAUCACACAACCUAAUCAGGGGUUGCCGGAACCUAACAAAAACGUUUCACGGUCACCCUCCCCGUCACUUCGACACACAGAGAGUACAUUGGACAUAGAAAAUGAUAAAAGAAGUGAAAAAAGCGAUUCCUCAAUACAAGUGCCGUCACUCGGACCGGAAGUGCCGCUCGGUAUUGACAUCGCUAACUUAAGUCAGAAGGAUCUUAAGAUAACAACCUCCAACUCCGGAGCUCGUAUCGAUGGCGCGAACACGGUGCGCGCUAAGAAGAAGAGUUGGUACAACUCGCUGUACCCCACGUACAAGAGUAAAUGCGAGGACUUCAAGCGCCUGUUCAAGGACUUGCCUGACGAGGAGCGCCUCAUAGUCGACUACUCGUGCGCGCUGCAGCGCGACAUCCUGGUGCACGGGCGCCUGUACGCGUCGCAGAGCUACCUCUGCUUCUACGCGAGCAUCUUCGGCUGGGAGACCAGCCUCACGCUGCGCUGGAAGGACGUCACGGCCAUCACUAAGGAGAAAACUGCGCUAGUGAUCCCGAACGCGAUCUUGGUAUGCACUGAGUCUGAGAAAAACUUCCUGACAUCGUUCUCGGGAAGGGACAAGGCGUACCUGAUGCUGUUUCGCAUCUGGCAGAAUGCGCUGAUGGACCAGCCCAUAUCCAGUCAAGAGAUCUGGCAGUGGGUGCACACGUGCUACGGCGCCGAGCUGGGCUUCGACUCGGACGAGGACGCGCCCGACGCCGCGCCGCUCGACGCGCCCGACGCGCCCGACGCGCCCGACCACACCGAGGAAGCGGUGGACUCAUCGAUGGAGAUGGGAGGCGCCGGCGGCGGUGCAGCCGACACCCCGCCCUUGACGAACGGGGAGACGGAGUUCCGCGAGCGGGAGGAGGAGGGCGGCGACACGCUGCCCACCGACAUGUCCGACACCAGCGAGAGCGAGCCCGACAAACAUCACAACAAAGGUGAAGAUGAGAAAUGCUCAGCGACCCACGAGGGUAAGCUGGUGCUACAGCAAGAAUUCCCGUACAACAUCGACCAGCUCUUCACAAUGAUCUUCACAAAUUCAAAGUUUAACCUGGAACUGCUGGCAGCCAGAGGGACCACAGACUACGUGCAGGCCGCCUGGCAGCCACAGAACGGACUCAAGUGUCGGCAGGUAAACUACACGCUGGGACUGACCUCUGGACCCAUGGGACCCAAAGAAGUACACGUCACCGAGACACAGGUCAUGAACAAGUGCAGCCGGCCCGGCGUGCUGUACUCCAUCGACUGCACGUGCGAGAACGCCGGCAUCCCGUACGCCGACUACUUCAGCGUGCAGGCGCACUACUGCCUGGCGCGCACGCGCGACGGCACGGCGCUCGAGCUGUACGGCCGCGUGCACUACAAGAAGACCAUGUGGCCGCUCGUGCGCGCCUUCCUCGAGAAGAACACCAUGAACGGGCUCGAGGAGUUCGCGCGCCUGCUGGACGCGCGCCUGCGCGCCGCCGCGCGCCCGCCGCCCGCGCCCGCCGCGCGCCCGCUGCGCCGCCGCCGCCGCCGCGACGCCGCGCCCGCGCCCGCGCCGCCGCCGCCCGCGCCGCCCGCGCCGCGCGCCCCCGCCGCCGCCUGGCUGCUGCUGGCGCUGCUGCUGCUGCUGGCGCUCAACGGCCUGCUCUACUGGCGCCUCGGCCGCGCCGACCAACGCCGCGGCGCCGACCUCGACCAGCUGCACGCGCGGAUGAGCACGCUGAGCGAGGCGCAGGCGGCCGAGUGGGCGCGCGCGCUGGAGCGGCACUCGCACCGCCAGCGCGGCCAGCUGCUGGCGUGGCGGGACGCGCUCGACCGCACCGUAACGCACCUCACGCAGACGGAGCAAGCAUUGACGAAAUUGUUAGAGACGAUCAAACCCGCGCUGGAGAGACCCGAGCCCGACCCGGAGAUGCGGGACGAGCUGUGAGCGGCGGGGGGGGGGGGGGGGGGCGGUGAUGGUAGAUCUGUGCACAGAAAGUUCUGUUGUUCUCGAUCCACGGUCGUGGUAGUAUUUGUGUAAGUAGAUGGCUGGUUUCCAUUCCAAUGUGAAUCGAGUUACGGUUUUCAUCAUCUUCAUGAGACGUAAAAGAAAAUAAACAAAAAUAGUCUUGAAUGACCAUAAAUAAUUAACUGAAUACGUAUUCAUAAGUAAAUAAAGUCUAUUGUAUAAAAAAUAUAUUUAAUGAUUAUAAAUUUAUUAUCUGUUAAUCUAGUGCCCCUCUUUGCACUUAACGAAGGUACAAUACUUGUAGUAAUGAGAGAGUACUUAUAUUUGAUGAUAAAUUAUAAAUUUACUGCCAAAUUAUAAUGAUUUGCACGUUAGUGCUGUGAUAUUAAGUAUAGAGCGGGCGGUGUGCAGUCCACGAACACGGAGCGGAGCUAGUCGUAUAGGUUCAGUGAGACUGCGCUUUUAGUUCAUAUAUCUUUUAUUUGCUACAGUAAAUUGGAGCGCUUGUGUGCUUGAAAUAUUUUUAUACUUCCUCGGUCGCAGCGGACUCCUCGGCGUGCACUUCCUCGCUUACGUUUUUGUAUGAUUUUUUACAAAAAUAAGUCACUUAGUAAUAAUUAAAUGCUCCCUCUAUUGUACAGUACGAAAUCGUUUUCGUAAUAUUAAUAAAAUAUUUUUCCACUAUCGAAUUGUACAGGCAUUCCUAUUUAUUUAUUUUGAUAUCCUAAUUUAUGUAAGAUAAAAUCACUAUGCAUUCAAUUAUAUAUUUUAUAGACGCGUUCGUGCAGUUGUUCGUUUAUUUGUCUUUUCGUUCGAAGCGUGAGGUGUUGAUCAUCGUGUGUGUGUGUGUGUGUGUGUGUGUAUGUAUAUUUGACAACCUUGCGUCGUACAGCCGAGCUUUAAGUAAAUGAAUUCAUCCAAAUGUAGAUAUACGAUAAUUUACAAAUUGUUGAAUAGUUAAAUUGCAGUUUGCAAACAUUUAGAUGUAACGCAUUUACAUAUACAAUAUGAGAGGAAAUAUAAAACUCACAUUAAUAUUAUUUUAAUAGCGCAGUAAAUUGUGUCGUCCGAAUGCCAGAGAAACUGUUGCAGCUGUUUGUUUAUCCUUUUUACAUUCGAGUAUCCUCAUCAGUAUACUAUAGACCUAUCACGUCCACAAUCUUAAUUAUUCAAUAAUAUUUCAACAUCAUUAGCGAUUAGUCUUGCCGUGGUUUAUCGAGCGAAGUGUUUUAGGAACAGUGACGUCACGUCUGUAUAAUGUUUAUCUUGUCUUACUGUUGCUAUAAUAGUAUUGACUUUAUUCCCGUAGUUACAUGUCGUGUCCAUUAAAAUUGUACGUAGAAUUUUACGAAUUUAAUCGUUUGAAGCGCUCAGGAAUACACGUUGAUAGGCAAUCAAUCUCCUGAAAGUAAAGUAGAAGAAGAAUUUUCCGCUACUCGUCUGUUUGUACAUUAAACGCUGUCCUCGGCGCUCCAAUCACGAUGUUUAUAUGUAACUUGUUGAAGUAUCCAGAGAUCAUUGUUUCCCGUUAGGUAAAUUUAAUAAUAGGUACAAUAUAUUUAUUAAUUCUAGCAAGAUUCGAUUACAGAGUAUUUGAUCAUUAUUAAAAUAAUGUUUAUAAAAUGUAAUAAAUGUAAAAAAAAAAAGAGUUCGAUUUUUCGAUAAUUGGUGCUUUUAAUUUAAUUAUAAUUUAUGUAUUAAUAAUAAUUUUUUACAUUUGGUUUUACAUGUGAAAUAUUUUAGAGUUAUUUGUAUAUAUUUACUUUCAUUCCAUUAGUAGAAUGAUCUGAUGUCUUAGUUUAAUCGAGAGACAAAUAUUGUAUAGAUUCCUACUAGUUGUAUAUAAAGUGCAUUUUAGCAUGGAUCGGAAGAUCUUGCCAAAGAAUAUGUGGGUAGGGAGAGGCACAAAUCCCAUUACACAAUGGAACCAGGAUAUUUGUUAGACAAUUCUAUUCUCAGUAUUGAAUAAAAUAUUUUAAUGUAA